ACCAAUGAUUAUAUGAAUAUAGUUCAAUGAAUAUGAAUAUAACAUAUUCAAUCUAAGGACUUGCUUUUGCUUUUGUAGGUUGGACAGGCUGCUCUGUCAACCUGUCAUACGCCAUUACGCCAUACGGCGCUUUUGACAAAUUCACUUGUUUUGUGGUAUUGGAUUGAUUGAUUCAUAGGUUAUUCACUUCUUACAAUAUAACAUUUUUGACAUUGGGAAAUAAGCAAUAUUAUUACUAGCACUGCAAAGUGGAAAGAGGAAAUGCAGAUAUCUAAUAGCAUAUUAUGUUCAAUAUGCCAAAUUAUAAGGAGUUAAACAUUUAUGAACUCACAGACGGCUUUCUAGAAUUGAUGCGGCGUUCAAAUGAAUUGGAACAUGUCACUUACUCUGUUUUCGACAGUUUAAUGCAAGAAGCAUUAUUAGAUGUGAUAUUUGAAUUCCACUAUGGUCUCAAAACAAAUAAAUGUGACAACAUUGCGAACAUUCCUGUUAAUGAAAGCGAAUCAAGUGUUAUCAAUGAGCCUGGUUUAGACAUAUUUGGUCAAAGUGUCGUUAAAGAUGAUCAGUACUUCAUUUGCCCAAACUCCAUUUGCAAGAAAAAUGUUUGUUCUGCUAAAUAUACAAAACAUUUGCAGGCUUGCAUGGGAAUUGAAGGCCCUCGAAAGAGUAGUAGAAUAUCUCAGAGAAAAGGGCCCAAUUUGAAUUCUAGUUAUUCUGGUAAUGGGGCUUCAUAUGAUGAUGAUGAAUAUGAGUCAGAAAAGGAAGCUCGAAAGAAGUCUAGUGCUCGAAAUAGAGGAAAUAAGAAGUCAUCUAAAAAAAAAGGAAGAGUAAUUUAAUCUAAAGCUAUUUUAUGAAGAUCAAGAUUAAAAUACUUACAUAUGCACAAUUAUUGUGAUAUUUGAUCAUUUUUGUUCAAAGUAACACAAAUGUGCAUUAAAAAAUGAUGCUUAAGAAUUUUUGAUGA